AUAGACUUUUUUGUCUAUGGUCAGAUAGCAAACUAGCAAAGCUGUCAUGCUUAUGUCAACGACGUGUUUCUAAACGAAAAUUUCUCAUAACCCACUUGGAGCUUUUAUUUUUCUUUAUUGUGUUUUUGGUAUGUUUGUGUUGAGUUACAGCUUAUAUUGUGUGAGGAAAAAAUCUCGCGCAGGUUAAAUAAGUGAUAAAAUGACAUCUUAAGUGAAUAUGUCGUUUUUGAGUUGAUUGUGAACAGUGUAAAUUAAUGGAGCUGAAGGUCUGGGUCGAGGGAAUACAAAGGAUUGUUUGUGGGGUUACUGAGACCACAACUUGCCAGGAUGUAGUUUUUGCAUUGGCUCAUGCCACUGGCAAAGUGGGCAGAUUCACACUAAUAGAGCGGUGGCGAAAUAAUGAGCGCCUUCUAGCGCCACAGGAAUAUCCCCUAAAGAUCCUAAUGAAAUGGGGAGAAUACUCCAAUGACAUACAGUUUAUAUUAAGACGGUCAGACUCUGGCAACAACCAGAAACAACAACCUACUAAUAGUUCCAGAUCUCCUAUAGGAAAUGGGGGCCAUACCACAUCAAAUCCUAACAUGGUUGACACCCAAAACUCUCCAAAUAGGAUGUCAACAACACCAACCUAUAGUAAUAAUAAUCCAAACAACACAUCACCUGGCAACCCUAUUGGAGUGGUUAAAGGAGUACAGCAAGCCAAAACACCUGAGUCUGACAGCCCUGUGUUGAAAGAUGUCCCACCUUACAGGGAACCGCCACCGCCAUAUCGUUCACCUCCCCCACCGUCUCAAGCUGUAAGGAAGUCUCCAAACCGCAUGCGUCCCAACAGGCCACAGCACAUGUCUCCCGUAAACUUGCCAGAAGAGAGCCAGGAGAACAGGAGUCCAGAGGCAGUCAGUUAUAACAAUCAGUAUAGGGAACUGGUUUCUCUUGUCAAUUAUCAGAGGGAGAAACUGUCGAGUCAACAAGUUGAUCUUAUAAAGUACGACGCUGAGAUCGGCUUCUGGGAAAACAAAGGUCGGGAGCAGGAAAGACAAGUGGAAUUAUUACAACAACAAAUUAGUUCAGCGGACAACCAACUGCGGAUCAGUACUGAACAGGUACAAGCACUGAACUAUGUAGAAGAAGAGAGUGAAAUAGUAAAACAAAAUGAGAAGACGAUAAAGUCUGAGAUUGUACUGGUGCGCUCCAAACUUGCCAACUGUGAGACGGAACUGUUGCAAUGUAAGAACAAGAUCCGAAAGCUCAUGGAGGAGAUACACAAUGAACAAAGGAUUAUCAACAGUCGCCAUCAGGAUAACAGGCAGUCGCUGGAGCGAUCAAUGCUCGCUGAAAUGGAGAGUUUACAAAGUCAGAUACAGCAGGCGAAACACGCGACUGAAAUCAACAAUCUCACAGCAGAGAAUUUGAAGAGAGAGGUUGGAGUUCUAGAAAAUGCCAUAAUGGAGAAGAAGCGCCAAGUGGAGCGGCUGGUGCAGGAGAUGAAGGAAGCGAACUUGCAGAGCCUGACCGGUAGUGUCGACGAACUGCGCCAUCCGUUGGACGGGCUAUGCAAGGCAGGUAGUGCUCGUAGAAUCAUCGGGUCUCCGAGACAACUAGAGAAUGCAGCGCCCACCAAUAAAAAUCCUCACGGUGUUUGGGUAUAGUUUCCAAUGAAACAUUACUAUAAGAUCGGCCAUUCAUGUUCCCCCUAUUUAAAUGCAACGGCCUAAUUUAAGUAGCGAAGCAAUUAAUUAGAUCAAAAUAGAUAUAAUAUUUAACUGGGUUUCUGAAUUAAAUUGACAAAAUCUAGACUAC